AUGGUACCUGAUGCGUUGAGCCGAAAGGCGGUUCUGGCUUGUGUUGAGGCGAGUCGUCUCUUGGAGCAGAUUAAGGUCCAGCAGUUUGAUGAUGUGAAGUUGUGUAAGAUACGAGAUAAGGUGUUGAUUGGCGAGGCCAAGAAGGCCAUGCUUGAUAGCGAGGGUGUCUUGAGAAUUAAGGGGCGCAUUUGCGUUCCUCAUAUGGGCGUAUUGAUUCGUUUGAUAUUAGGAAAGGCUUACAGUUCCAGAUAUUCUAUUCAUGCGACUGAUGGUCUAUCCGAGAGGACUAUUCAGGUGCUUAAGGACAUGUUGAGGGCUUGUGCUAUCGACUUUGGUGGUCAUUGGGACCAAUUCUUAUCGUUGGCAGAGUUUGAGUACAAUAACAGUUAUCACUCAAGUAUCGACAUGGCACCGUUCGAGGCUUUAUAUUGUAAGAGAUGUUGUUCUCCGAUGGGGGUGGCAAAAGAAGUAUGCAGGCUGGAAGGUACAGGGUCUCGAUUUUAUGGUUGGCGACCAAUUUCUGCUCAAGGUUUCACCCAUGAAGGGUGUAAUGCGAUUUGGGAAGAAGGCAAGUUGAGCCCAAGGUUUAUUAGUCCCUUCGAGAUUCUCCGUCGUGUUGGUGAGGUGGCUUACAAGUUGGAUUUUCCAUCGGGUCUGUCAGGUGUUCAUCCGAAUUUGUCCUUCGAGGAAGAACCGAUAGCGAUUUUGGAUCGGCACGUGAGAAAGUUAAGGUCUAAAGGGAUUGCUUCAGUCAAGGAGCAAUGGAAGCACCGUCCAGUUGAGAAGGCUACUUGGGAGAUCGAGGCUGAUAUGCGAGAGAGAUAUCCCAGCUUUUCACCGACUCAGUUUAUGCCCUGGAGGUCUCGUGUGGAUGUCGGGAUUUGGGAUGGAACUUGGUGA